UGCCCUCUCAUAGGCACUCACUUCUCUUUUCUAGAUGUUCACCAUGUAAAGAGAAAAUAAGAAUUUCGUAGUGACACUCGAUGCUGACCGGGACGCAGUAUAACAUUGCAGCGCGGGACUUAAGAAUGAAAAGUAAAGAAAGGAAGAAUAUUCAAGAUGGUAAAAGGAGAAAUGAGCACAGUCACAAGGAUAAUGUGUAUGGGAAUAUGGUUGAACUAGACAAAGAACCAACACUGGCCAAAUCCAUAGAAAUUGAUGAAGCGUCGACAACCAUGGACAACGAUAUCAGUGAUGAUGUGUAUGUGAAUGUGGAUGAUCUAAACAAAGAAGCAGAACUGAAGAGAUCUAAGGAGAAGAAAACGCCAAAAACCAUGAAAGUGUCAACGAGAAUAACCACAAAGGAACGGUUAAUUCUAGCAGCUCUGAUCUUUCUAUUUAUCAUGUUCCUCUUUUUGAUUGUCAUCACAAGUCUCCUGUUAAAAUACUAUUUGGCAAUGAGUGAAGAGAUGUCACAUCAGAAGAAUCAUGCAGACGAUCAACAACAGAUGGUCCUUGAAGAUGUCAAAACAGUUAAAAAUAAUUUAGAAAAUGUCAAACAGAAUUUCCUCCAGGAUAUCAAAGCUAUUAACAAGACCUUGGAGAUUGUCUGCAGAACUUGCCCCCCUGAAUGGAAGCCAAUAGGUCUCUUCUGUUACUACUUCUCUACAGACACAUUGUCUUGGGACAAUGCUAAAGAUGAGUGUGUCAGAAAAGGAUCAGCACUUGCAUUUCUCAAAAAUAAGGACGAGACGGAUGCCUUGAAAGCUUCCCUUGAAAAUGGCAGGUACUGGAUUGGACUGAGACGUGAUACAGACCCUGGAAAAUGGAAAUGGGUGGAUGGAUCAAUGUUGACUCACAGCACCUGGAAGAAAGGAGAGCCAAAUAACUUACAGAAUGAGGAUUGUGCCGAAUCUGAGAGUGGAUACUGGAAUGAUCUGACCUGCGAAAGAAAAUUGAAGUAUAUUUGCAAGAAAUGGUGCUGCUGCUGAAUUUGGAGUACUUAUAGCAUCUGAACCAAAGUUCAUCUGACUUCAAGAAGAUUAUCUCAACUACUGUAUAUCAGCGUCGUAUCAAUCAUCCUAUCUCAGAAAAUGGCUCAGUUAUAUCUUUUUAAAUGGGAACAGAGGAUGGUGGAUGGUGGAGUAGGAAUAUGUAGGGUCUUCUUACAAAACAGUAAUAAUUCAAAGUUCCCUUUAAAUAAAUAUAUAUUCACAAGAA